AUGAGUGGUUUUCAGUGGGGGCUUAACCCCCAUAUACAGAAACUUCUGUACCAAACGGUUAUUGUCCCCAUUGUGACCUAUGGGGCAGCUGUUUGGAGUCAACCAAUGCAGGGCCGUAAAGUAAGGUCUCUCCAAUCAAUCCAACGUUCUUUUCUUCUCAAUAUAUCUAAAGCCUUUCGAACGACUUCAACUAGUGCCCUACAAGUAAUAACUGGUCUUCUGCCUCUCCAUCUCCGAACGGAACAGGAGGGAGCACGACAACUACUUAAAUUGCUAAAUCAACAGGUCACCUUCUAUGGCGAACAUUAUUCUCCUGAAGAUUAUGAACGACCCUACAAUCGACUACGUCUCCAUCCAGCUGCUUAUGGACUUGGUGUUCAUGUAACAUUACGUGAAUCUACACAACUGCCUGAUGGUGAUUAUUACAUUUACACUGAUGGGUCAAAAAUAGAAGAUAAUACUGGUUGUGCUUUUGCAGUUUUUCACCAUGGCACUUUAUUGCAUCAAUGGAAAGCACAUCUCCAUGGACAUAACAGCGUGUUCCAGGGAGAGGCCUUUGCCAUCGUCAAUGCCACUAAAUAUAUUCUGGAACAUCAAAUAUUGAACUGCUGCAUUGUAACGGACAGUCAGUCGGUCUUGGCUGCUGCAAUGAAUCCUGUGCAUCCAUCAAUAAUAAUUUCGCAACUUCAAGAACUACUUCGAUUAGGUGCUCACCUUAAUAUUCAAAUGUUUUGGACACGUGCUCAUAUGGGCACAAUUGGAAAUGAACUUGCUGAUGAAUUAGCUAAGCAAGCGGCCAUGAACGAUGAUGCUAUUAAUUCUCCUUUAGCUUGGCCCAUAUCACAUUUUCUUCGGAAACUGCACCUACAGUCAGUUAUGCAAUGGCAGGUCCUCUGGGAUGCAGAGGAUACUGGCCGCAGAGCGCAUUAUCACCUGGGCUAUGUUGAUGAGACUCGUCUUCUUGCCAAUUCACAAUUGGUAAGAUAUGUCACAGGUCACGGGCCUUUUCCCGUAUAUUUUGCCCGCUUUAACAUCACAUCAACUGAUCAAUGUGUUUGUGGCCAGGCGGGUACGCCUGAGCAUUAUGUAUCCUCUUGUGAACUUACACGAGAACUGCAUAUCCCUUUUCCUGCUCAACAUCAGCAGGCUUUUAGUAAGUUUUUAAUCAAACGACAUCUUGUUCAGAAACUGACUGCCAUCAUGUCAAAACUUAUGCAUCUUGGUACCGACUUAUGUCAACCUGUCUAA